AUGUCGACUGGCGCGAGUGUGGACGCGGGUGGCUCGGGAGCCUCUGCGUCUCCGGGAGUCUCUGGAGCUUCGCCUGUCUCUCCCUCUCCAGGCGUCUCGGCCUCUCCACGAGUCUCUGGAGCUUCGCCUGUCUCUUCUCUUCCGGGCGCGUCUUUGGUGGUGUCUCCGUUUGUCCCCCUCUUCCGCAUCGCGCGCCACGAGCCUGUUUCUGCGGUGAAGGAGGCGUUUGACAAGACGCUGGAGAAGCACAGGCGCGAGGUCGCAGAGCAGAAUCCGGGCGUCUCUGAGGCAGACCUCGACGCGCUGCAGAUGAAGCAAAUUCAGGAGCAGCAUCUGUUGGUCGACCCCACUUCCCGGGGGACGCUGCUCUUCGAAGUUGCGCAGCGAGCAAAGGACGAGGAAGCCGUCGAGCUCGCACAGUUCCUCGUGGACGACAAGCGAGUCCUCGCCGUGACGCAGCGCGACCGCAUGCAGCAAACAUGUUUGUUCUACGCCGCUCGCGAAGGACAUGUCGCCCUCUGUCGGUUCUUCAUCGAACGCGGCUGCGACCCAAAUGCGCAAGACACGGUGGGGCAAACUUGUCUGUUCUACGCGUCUCGCGAGGGCCGCGCUGCGUGCAUUGCGGAGAUCCUGGACCGAGGCGGGAACCCAAACUUGAUCGACAUCAAUCGACAGUCCUGCCUCUUCUACGCGGCGCGCGACAACCGCCUCGACGCCGUCCGAGUGCUCCUUGAAAAAGGCGCAGACCCCCAGGUGAAAGACACCCUGAGGAAGACUGCAUGGCACUUCGCGAAGGCCAACAACCACGUUGCGGUGUGCGCGCUUCUCAAGGGUGCAGGCGGCGCGGGAGCCCAAGCCGCCGCUGCGGGCGUUGGAGCCCAAGGCGUCCGAACCGGUCCCUCCCUCCCUGGAAGGACUUGCAGCAUCUCGUCGCUCUCCUCAUUCUCCGGCGCGGCGCCAGCCUCGCCCAACGCAGGUGCGGAGACACCUGAGGCUCUCGAUGGCGCUCGCGCUGUCGGACCUGGAAGAACUGCCUCAGGCGUCCACGGCGAGGCCGUUUGCGUGGAGGAAGUUCCGCAGAGAAAAAAAUAUCGCCUGCAGUUUCGGCCUCUCCCUGAGGACUGCCCAGACCUCUGGCUUAACGCCGAGAACGAAAAGUUAACAGAAUUCGAGCGUCUCUUCCCCGCGCUCAGCGUCUGGAGGCGAGAAGAGUCUCAAAUGGGAUGUGGGGAAGGCGUCUCUGCGGAGAGUUCGCAGAAUCACUACGACGCCAUUCACUCCGCACUCCUGCAGAACUCUCAACAAGCUGCUCUCGGCGCAGGCUCAGGGACGGAUCUUCUCGGCCUGUGGCAGUCGGCCGCCUCGGCGCUGCUCUCUGAACUGAGCAAAUACGAGGGUGGACAUAUCUUUGAAAAGCCUGUCGACCCCAAGACGGCGCCGGGCUACUACGACGUUGUGACUCGACCGAUGUCGCUCUCCUGCAUUAAAGCAAAGAUCAAAAAGAGUGACUACACACAUCCUCAGCAGUUCCUCAAGGAUGUUGAGCAAGUGUUCAUCAACUGCGAGAUCUACAACCAGCAGGGCUCGUGGGUUUGGAGCAUUGGAAAGAACAUGCAGAAGUUUUUCACGAAUCAGGUGAUGAUCACGCGGUUCCGCGACUACGUAGACAAAUACGACAAGAUCUACAGUGUCCUCGCUGAGUGUGAAGAAGAGAAUAGGCGGGCAAAGGCGUCUGCAGAAAGGAACUCGAGUGCGGGAGAAGAGAAUGAGAGAGGUCCUGGUGCUGGCCCUGGAGAAAGGUCGGAGACGACUGCGGAGACCGGAGCUGCAGAGUUGCGGAGUGGAAGUUCGGACAGAGAAUCUGGCGAGGAGACUGGCAACACCAAAGGCGAGAAGGACGCUUCGUCGGCGGAGACUGGGGAGAGUCCAGAAGGUCCAGGCGAGGUGAAGAGCGAGGACGGAGCGAGAAGAGAGGGCGAUCCGUUGCCAACAGCGAAGGCAGAAGAAGAGAGAGAGUGGACGGAGGAACAGGAGGCAGGAGCUGCGAAGAAGGAGAAGGAAGAGAGCGCAAACGGGCAAGCAGCGGUUGGCGGCAAAGAAGGAAGAAAACGGAGGAGAGACAACGGAGAAUCACGUGGAGCUUGA